AUGGCUGAAUAUCAUAAUAACUAUCAGGAGAAGUAUCUUGCAGCGACCCCACCAGCGCACACCUCCAGUACUUUCGGAGUGGCUGAGCAGGUUCCAGACAAGACGGACGAGAAACAUCCUCUAGCAGAUGGCGCACCCGCUUUACCCCCACGAUACUCCAAUGGGAUUCAGGCGUAUCAUGAACGAGACUCUAUCGAUGAAGGAGGCCAGUCAGACGUUGAUGUCUUAGAGAGCGCGGAGCCCGUUUCUCCCGAUUUGCCAUCGGCGACCCACCCCACUGUUGCCUUUGCCAUACCGUUUCCUACCGUCUUUCAACCUUCAGAGAAAGCGAGGGAUAAGAUCCCGCCCUUCGUGCUGUACUCUCCAAUGGCCGCGGCGCUAUCAAAGCCGCCGGAAAAUGGGAAGGAAAGUGUUACUCGUAAGGCGAUGCGCAAGUGGGAAGAAGAGGAACGGGAAGCUAGAGAGAAGGGCCAUGGCUUUAAGGCCAAAGCAGUGAAACUCAUAUCUAAGGGAAUGUCUGCUACUAAGAACAGCCGUAUUGAAUUCUUAGUUCGAACUCCAAACAAGAAGAAGCUGAAGGAGUUGCGCAUCAUCUAUCCUGCCUCUUACGAUGCCGAAGAUAUCAAGCAGCGUUUCACAGAUCUCAUCAAGAAGGCUAAAUCGGGCGCUAUUCGAAACGGUGUCAUUUCGACCGCGAUGCUGCCAUUCAUUCUUACAUUUGACGUACUUACCUUUAUCGCUGGACCGUUUGAAAUCAAUGCUGUUUGGGCUGCGUCUUCGUGGACAGGCGCCGCCCGCGCCUCGGCCAUUUCCUCACGCAUAACGAGCGAGCGGCUUCCUGUCUCCCUUUCUCCAGACAUGCGCCUCGACCCGCUCUCAUAUCGAUUGCAUGAAAUCUGCUGGCGGAAACUCAAGAAGCCUCGCAGCACCAUGGAGCUUCCGCGGUGGCGGCCAGAAGCUGGCCCUCUUAAGCGCGGUCCUGACCUGGCCGGGGUCGUGCUUGACGUGAUCCGCGACCAGGGCGAAGAUCUCAGUGAGCUGGAGACGAACAAGAUACUCGUGUCGGAAGACCUGGAGAGAUGCUUGAAGAAAGGUGCGAAGGAGUGGGUCAAGAUCGUUGAAUCGUAG